UAUACACGAAUCUUGAUGUAUAUAUCACUGUCUUGUCAUGUAAAUCAUGAUCUCGUUGUUUUGUCCCUUUUUAACAAGCAUAGGUAUCGUUCAGUCCGUAGCCCCAAGAAAAAGUACGUGCAGAAAUAAUUUGUUUUCGUGUGGAUUUGCUUGAUUUCGGGGUCAUUCAUGCAUGCGAAUGGUCGUUGUAAAACCCGACAAACGUUUUCAUUUAUAGAUUUCAAGGAUGUAGUUAGUGAGCUAGCCCUACAUAUCGAAAGUAAAAUAAUAAUUUUUACGAGUGGACCGCUGCAGGGUUUCACUUUCAGGUAAAGUUUGCACACAGUCGGCAAGAAGGCGGAGAUGAUUGACGUCCACCAAAACUUAGGUUUUGUCUAGGCUUUUUUUGCGCUAUAAAGGUCGCGUGUGAUUGAUAACGACUGUAAACAUUCUAUUGCCAAACAAUAUGGCCUCUGUUUUCGCUCGUUCUCUGCUGGCAGUAUCACGAACUUGUUUCCUUCGAAGAGCAGUCAAUUUAAAGUCUUCAGCGAGGUACAAGUUGCAACGAACACCGCGCUACAUGAGUACAAUUUCUUCAAAAAUCCACGUGAAUGGUGUUGAAAUUCACUAUGAAGUUGCUGGCCAAAGUAACCACGUUGUCCUGUGUUUACCUGGAGCGCUCGGCUCAACGCAAAGUGACUUUGGUCCCCAGCUCAAGGGACUUAAGAAUGAAUUUACAGUGAUAGCAUUUGAUCCGCGAGGAUAUGGAAAAUCGAUUCCCCCUACACGUGAUUUUCCAGCUGAGUUUUUUGUACGGGACGCAAACGAUGCUGCCGCACUAAUGAAAACUCUUGGUCACUCUAAAUAUUCCCUCCUUGGAUGGAGUAGUGGUGGAAUAACUGCAAUGAUACUGGCUGCGGCGCAUCCUCAGUGUGUUCAUCGCAUGGUGGUGUGGGGUGCUAAUGCCACUGUUACUGCUGAAGACGUCAAGCUGUAUGAAGCUAUGAGAGACACAUCAAAGUGGAGCCCUAAGAUGAGGGAGCCCUUAGAAGGUAAGGCAUAUUGUUUCUUAAAUUUACAAGAACAAUGAAAAGGGAUCAUUCUGGCUUUUAUCCUUCAAGGACACCAGUUUUCAAUUUCUUCUCAAAACAUCAGUACUAAACGUGGAGAUAUAUAAGAGACACUGUAUUUACAUAACGAUUUGUCAGUCGUCAUCAAAUCAUCCAUCCAUUGUCUGUUAUGCUGCUGAUUUUGUAUAAAUCAUAAGUUAGUGGUGUUGGUGUAGAGAGAAGCAGCAAACCUUCAUAGGUGAGAGAGAGAGAGCAAAGAUAGCACAAUGGUGAGAAUGCUUAUGUCUCCCACCACAGAUAAAUAUGUCCAGGAAGCCAUUAUAAUGAUAUGCAUACUCUCUAUGAUUAGCAUCACAAAUUGUCCUCAUUUGUAAAAAGUCAUCAAAACACACAUAAUUCUGUCAUAUAUGAAGUAAUAUGAAAAUGACUCUUGUGAUGAGCAUGUGUCUCAUUAGUGUGCAAUCCUGGACACAAGUGUCCCACCAGUGUGGCACAGGUGUGAAUCCUAGAACCUAAGUGGUUGAGGUUUUUGAGUAAAAACGCUUUGUUUAGGGUAAGGGAGAAGUGCCAUAGCUAGUAACUGGCGAACAGAAGCAUUUGCCUCGGUAAUUUGAAAUUUAUUUAUUUAUUAAUAAUUUGCAGAUUUCCAUAAGAGGCUAUGCUUUAAAUGAAAUAAAUCAAUGUAAGAGAAGAGUGUUUUCCGACAUUGCCUCUUUAAGAACUUUGAACAUUGCUGGGAUCCCUGUCUUUAUGUUGUGCCAUCAUUGAACAAGAUACUUCACUAUUGUUGUCUCUCUUCACCCAAGGAUGUAAAAUGGGUGCCUGUUGAGCCAUGUCUAUACUAUUAAGCUAU